AUGUCUCUCAAGAACGACAAGUUCCCCUCCUCAGCCGCCUUUGACGCCAUCAACACGGCCAUCAGUGCCAGCGAGGCCGAUCGCAAGGACGCCAUCAAGCAGGGCAACGCCGUGUUCGCCUUCACGCUCAAGAACGCGGCCGGCGAGACCGACAGCUGGCACAUUGACCUCAAGAACAAGGGGACGGUUGGCAAGGGCCUGGGCGAGAAGCCCACAGUGACCCUCCAGCUCUCCGAGGCCGACUUCGGUAGCCUCGUCGCUGGCAAGGCCAAUGCCCAGCGAUUAUUCAUGUCGGGCAAGCUCAAGAUCAAGGGCGACGUCAUGAAGGCCACCAAGCUAGACCCCAUCCUCAAGAAGGCCCAGACUAAGGCCAAGUUGUAA